GUAUAAAUGCCAUGCAGAAAAGUAAAACCACAGUCAACAGCAAAAGUAAUAAUUAUGAGUAAAUAUUAUAUAUUAUAGUUUAACAAAUAUACAUCCCUAUUUACAAUAAUUAAUAGUCUCAGACUCCUCUGCAUCUUUGUAUUCUGGAUUCUUGAAAAAUAUUUUAAAAGUACAAGCUUAAAAAAGUAGUCAUGGAUUGUUUGUAAGUUUUAUUACGGUUUUUUUUUCUAAUAUUUAUAUAGAAUAAAAUAAAAUAUCAUUAUUACCUAUGUACUCUAAAGUAUCAAGAGUUCUGAUUUAUAUAAGUUAUUUAAAAUUUUCAAGGUAUAGUUUUCAAUUUAUGUUCAACUCGAACUAAUUAUUAAUGCUUAAAUUGUACCUAUUCGAUUUUUUUUUCUUGAAUUUUUUGAAGUAAAAAAAAAUAAUUUGGGUAUUCCAAAAUCUACAGUUAACAUGAUUUUUAUUUUCAAAUUUCUUAUACAUUAAUCUGCAUAUAAUAUUAGUAUUCGUAUUUCGUAUAAUCGGUUUCCUACACAUAUUAUUGUAGUUUGUAGAUCAUAAUAUAUUAUUAAAUUAUUCGAAAUGUAAUGUAAUUAAAUAUUCAAUUUUAUUUAUGGUACCAAAAUAAACAAAACAAUAGAGAUUCUAUUCGUGCUGGUAAAUAGAAAAUAUUGGUUAUUGUAAUAUUUUCUGUUUGCUGUUAUUAUAUUGGUCACGCUGUUGAAUGACGCUUGGCUUAUCAGUUCCUUAAACUUUGCGGCCUGCGUGAAAAACAAGCCAUUUUCUGUUUUGUUGUAUUUUGUAUGUAUUAUUAUGUAUUGUUGGUGUAUUUGUCUCUUAUUUUUUUCUUGCGUUUAUGUUAACAAUUGUGACUAAUUUUUCACGAUUGAAAAUCGUGUACUUAGUGAGUUUUUCCAAUUUUAUUUAUUCAAGUGUGAAAGUUAAUUUUCUAAACUUAAACGUCCAUAACUCACUGACUGGAAAUUAACUAUUAAGUGUUUUCUGGCGACAGCGUUUUGUGGUCUGUAAAAAUAAAUAAAUUACGGAUUUUUAAUUUUAUCGAAUUAGUUUUAUUAAUAUUUGUACUUGCAUGAUAGAUGCAUUAGGUGUAUUUGAAAUUUAUCAUUUAUAUUUCUUAUCAUUUCUAAAAAAUAAUAAUUGGUACCUAACUGAAAUUACAGAGUUUGUAAUGGAUGCAUAAUUUUGUCUUCAAUACAACAGGUAACAUACUAUGUGAGCAUAUAAUUUUUCAAGCAUUGUAUGGUCCAAAAUAUUUAGUUUUUCCGAUGCUUAUGUACCAUUGGUAAUUUAUUCUGAAUUAUUAUAUAUACAUUAUUCUGGAUUAGAAAUUGACCUUUUAAUGACUGAUUUGAGAGUGACUCAUUGUUUUAAUAUUGUCUAAGAUUCUUAUAGUUCCAUAGUUGGUUAAUAAUAAUGUUUUAUGUUCAUAAUCUAAAUACAAGUUUUAAUAGCCCUAUCAUUUAAUUUGAACAAUCAUUUGUUCUUAUUGGUAUCAAAAAGUUUUUAUAAUUUUAGUUGCUGUUUUAAACAUAAAAUAGUGAAUUUAUUUUUGUUGGUUUCUAGAAAAAGUUUGAAACUUUAACAUAAUGGGGAAAAAGACUCAAAAAAUGAAGAGUAUUACAAAAAGCAAGACUAAGUCUCACAAGCAAAAGGUAAAAGCUCACAAAAAAAACAAGAACAUCUCCAAAACCAAACAUCGACCAAAACUCCGUUCAGAAAGUCAAGACAAAUUUCAAAAACCAAAGGCACCUUUGAAUGAAUAUUUGGCUAUCAGAUCAAAUUACAAUGCUAUUCAAUUCAUAUUUGAGUGUGGUAUGUUUCAAAAUUGUACUUGUAUAAUUUCAUAUUGUUUAUUCAAAGUUAUAUUCAUAUUUUAUUUUUAGGUAUUAAACUUGGUCUAAAACAUAUAACUAUAUGCUCGGCAGCAGUUUACUUCCAUAGGUUUUAUAAACAUGUUGACGAAAACUCAUAUGACAAAUAUGUAAGUAUUUAUUUAUUAUUUCAUAUUCAGUAAGCACUUAAACUGAUUACAAUACACCCUAAUUAUAACUUCAGUAAAGGUUACUUAUUUAAAUUAUAUUUUACUCUUUGUUAUACAUUUUUAAUACUCUAUAGGUAUUUUAUAAAUCUUAGAUUAGAUAUUUUAAAAUCAAGCAAUAUUUUUUUUAUGUUAUCGUUAGAAAUGUUAUGAACUGUUUUUGAACCGAACCAAAUACACAAUAGUUUGGUAUGAAAUUCAUUUUAUAUAGAUUCAGUGUGAUUAUCAAUACAAUAUUCUCUGGUGAAUAGGACUGGCUUGUUAUGAAAAAGAAAAUUCCUAUUUCUUUUGCAUUUGUGUGUGUCGCACUAUUAUAUUAUUAUAUAUUUUUUUAAUUUCAAUACAAUUACUACCAUUAAACCACAGGAUGGCCAUCUUUUUAAUUUUAAGUGUUUGAAUUUGAUAUAAUAUUUUCGAAGUUCGGUUUGGUGUCGUUAAUUUUUAAUAAAUGUUUGGUUCGAUCUUAAAAAUCAGGGUUUGUAUCAAUACUAGUUAUUAUUUAUUAGUGCUUUCUUCUUAAAGCCUUUUAUUUCUUGAUAUUUUUAAACAUUUUUCUGAAAUAUUAACAUUUUAUCUACCUACAUGGAUUAAAACACUACUAACAUUACUAGGUAUAGAUAUAGUUAUUUAUGGGGAUGAAAUCGGGGAGAUAAAUUUCUUCCAUUGACAUUUUUAUUUCCAUGAAUACUUAUUUUUUAAAUUCAAAUUUCUUUAUUAAUUAGUUAGAAAAAUCAAAAAUGUGGUGGCAUCAUGUUAAUAAAUCAAAAAAAAUCUUAAACAAUAGGUAUAUUUCUUUGUUUAAAACAGAACUUAUCUGAAUCACUUUUAUAUAAAAGGUUCUUCUUCUCCUUAUUCUUAAAAUGUAUAAAUAUAUUAAUAAUAAUAACUUAUUAAAUAUUUCAAUGAUUAUUGAUUUAUUGAAUUAUAAAUUACAUACAAAAAGUAUAGUUAUAUAUUAAAACAUUGGAUUUUUUUGUUUUAAUCUAAGUACUUACAUAUUAUACGAUACAUAUGAAAUAAUAUUUCAAAAUUCAAUAUCUCCCUCCUUUGUAAAAUCCUAAAUACUGUAUAGACAUGCAUUUUAAGAAAAUGUGAUAGCCACAUGGGUUGUCUUGUUUCUAACACUGUCUUACAAACAUAUGAAAUAGCAAACUUGCGUAUAGUAGGGACAACUAUGUGUUUUUCCUUUUAAUAUUAAAGGGAAUUGACCUAUUAUCAAAUUUAAAAGAUAAUACUAUUAUCAGUGAACCUAUGUUUUAGUUUUGUUUUAUAUUUCAAUUUCUAAGUUAGAUUAGUGUGAAAUAUCACAAUUUAUACAAUUUUAGUGUAAUAAUACACAAACAGUACAAUGUUUUUCUGUUGAAAGCAAAUUAACUAUUUUGUAUGUUUGUAAGAUAAGGACAUGUUUUAUGUACUAUAAAUUUCUAUUAUUUGCUAAUAAUAUUUCAACAGCAGAUAUCUAUUAGACAAAUGUGUUCGAGGGAGAUAAGUCUAAUAUGUAAUUUUUUUUGGAGUUAUGGUUUUAAUAUUUGGAUAUUUUUUUUUUUUUUGGAUACACUGUGUUAUAAAUAGUUAUUUAUAUUUUACAUUUUAGUAAUGCAAUGUUCUAUAAUUAUAUAGAUUUGUUAGGUUUGCAAAAACGAUUGAUUAGUGCAAGGCAUUAAUAUUUUAUUAAUACAAAAAACCUUAAAAAUAAAUAUGGUGAUAUAAUAUAUACCAUAUAAUUUAUAUAAUAAGUGUUUUUAUGAUAUUUACCAACUAUUUCGUAAUAGGUUUAAUUUAAUAAAUCAUUAAUAGAUAAUAAAUAAAUUAUUAAUCAAUAUGUGGAUUAAAUUUUGUUCGUGAUACUUAUUUAGUUUUAUUAAUUUUGAAAUGAUAUUGUUGAAAUAAAAUCAUGAUUUAUCUUAUCAGCUGUCAUUUAUUAAUUUCUAAAUAUUAACUUGAGGUCUUAUUGUUAUGGUUUAAUUUUUUUUUACAUAAUGUAUGUUAUUUAAUAAUAUGAUAAAUACUAAUAUAUUAUUUACAAUUUUUAUAAUAUACAUAAUUUUACAGCUUGUUAAAAUUGUAGUUGUACAACAUAUAUAUUACAUAAAAUGAUGAGUCAAUGAAAAAUGGUUGUCUUGGAAACAAUUAGUACACAACAUAAUUUAACGGCUAUGACAAAUACCUAUAUUAUUUAUGUAUUCAAUAUAGCACCAAAUAUCAUAGAACUGCACUUUAUUAAUAAUGAGGUGACUACAAUUGAUUAGUUCUUUAUAAUUUGUACAAUAAUAAUACACUUAUUAAACAUAAAUAUUAUGUUAAGCGGUUUUAAUGUAUUUUAAGUAGGCUAAAAAAACAUGUCCCUUAAUACCAAAUUUAAACUAAUUGAAUUUCUUAAAGAAGUUAAUUGUACAUGAUAACAAUUUAUAAAAUAAAAAAACCCAUGAAUCUUGAUAAUGCUAUUAAUAUAGUAUAUAUAAUAUAUUAAUUUGGGAUGAAUUUUUAAUUUGUAAAUUAAGUAUUUUGAAUACAUAAAGAAAUUGAGGGAGUGGAGUGUGUGCACUUUAUGUCUCACACAUUCAAAAUAAUUUCUUUUCUAGCAUCUUUAAAAAAAGUUAUGAAUUUAUCUAAUACACAUAUAUUGUGUCCUAAAAUGGUAGCUUGAUAUUAAUUUAUUAAAUUGUAAUAUUAUUGUUAUAUUUAUAACAAAGAAAAAGAUAUAUCUAUAUUCUUAAUAUAUAAUGCUCAUUAUUAUCCUAUGCAAUAUUAUUCAUAAUGCUUAAGCUAUAUUUUACAAGUUCAGUGUAAUAUCAAAUAUAAUUUAUAUUUGUCAGUGUAAAUUAUAUUUUUAUAAUAUUAUAAAAUACAGAUGGCUAUACAUAUAUAUACAUAUUAUGUUAGUUAACUUAAUUUUUAAAAAGAGGUUUUGCAUCUGUAUGGUUAAUGUGUAAUAAAAAAAAUGUUAUUAUUCCUUUUUAUUUUUCUAAUGAAACCAUAUUUCUGGCUUGGUUUAGGCCAUACAGUUCUAAUUACUACAUCUUCCUUUCUUAGACAUAUUUAGCGAAAGAAAAACCAAAUAAAAUAUUUGUACAAGAUGACUAAUUUUCUUUUUUUAUUGUGUAAUAUGGAGUGUAUUGUAAUAGUUUUUUAAUUUAUUUAGUAAUUUUUCAUGAUAUUAGCUUGGCUUAAAUUUUGUACAUAAAUUAUAGUUUUUAUUUAUUUUACAGAUUUACUAAUAUAUAUAUAUAAAAAAAAAAAUUAGAAAUUAGAAAUUAUAUAUCUGUAAUAUGACCUUGUUAUCUGAUGGGUUUUUUGGUUUUACGCAGAAUAAUGUACAAAAUAUUUGUAAAAGUAAAAAAGUUUGUUUCCAUCUACAUUAUCAUAUUUAUUGAACUGCAUAAAAUUAUUAUGUUACAAAAUUUAUGCUUUGAGACAAAACGUAAGUGUAAUAACUAUUAAUACUGAUUACUUUUGGUGGUAUUAAUACUAAUAUUUUCAGCAUACAAUUUGAUGUAAGUAUUUCAAUAUAAAAACAUGGUAUUACAGGAUUUUAUUUUAAAGCAUAAAUUAUCAUGAAAUAAAAAAAAGUAAAGAAAUGAUAAAACCUACAUUUUGGAUGUUGCAAAAACACACUUACCUAUUAACUGACUUAAUUAUUUAAUUAUUGAAAAGAACACAUUAAGGAUUUAGUUUGAUUUUAAGUCUCUUAAAAUUCUAUAUUCAGAUUACUACAAUCAUUUUAUAAAUAACUGAUAAUUUGUUGGCACAUAUUGACAAACAUAGUUUUUACUAAGCAGAACUCAUAAAAAUAUGAAUUUUGCUUUAGUAAUCAUUGAUAAAAUGUAGUAGUGUUUUCUAUUAAAUUAAUGCCUUUUCUUGAGGAAAACUGUUGAGAACAAAUUGUAAUAUAGUUUUACAAUAUAUUGUGGUUUAAACCUAAUACAUUGUCUGUUUACAGUCUAUAGCUAGUGCAACAUUAUACUUAGCUAGUAAAGUACAAGACGAGACUAUCAGACUUCGAGAUUUGAUUAAUGUGUCUUAUCACACAUUGCAUAGAGACGCGGCACCAUUGCGAUUAGCUGAAGAUUAUUGGAACUUCCGGGACUCCAUUGUCAAUACUGAAAUGUUGAUUAUACGAUAUUUGCAGUUUGACACAACUUUUAAUCAUCCACAUAGCGUAAAUUAAUUAAAUCUAUGUAAAGAAAGUAGAUAUUUGGAAUAAGUUUGUUAUUAUUUCAGUAUUUUUUGCACUACGUUCAGACAAUACGGCCAGUUUUCUAUUCAAAGCAUGGCAAAGAUGUCAUCGUGUUUAAAAAGGCAUAUGAUUUUUUACAUGUAAGCUAUAAAAUUAUUUUUGUUCAGCAAGUUUUUAUUUUUAAUAAUUGUUUAAUUUUUUAGGAUUUCUAUCAUAGUAGUGCUAUACUUCAAUAUAAGCCACAACAUAUUGCAAUUGCUUGUUUGGAACUAGCAAUCAAAGUGUAUGGUAUUCCAUCUCAGAUAAUUGACUAUGAAAAACAGCCUUGGUAUCAGGUAUAAUUCUAUUUUCACUGCUUUGAUAUUAUUUAAUUGUUCUCCUUUCAAAACAUGUUUUUGAACUAGUUCAAAUUUUUUUCGUUUUAGCAAUUAUUUGCACAAAAUCGUUCUAUUAUAUUGUCUGCAAAAUACAUACAAAAUAUGAUCAAAAAUUAAAUGUGUGAAAGAUCAUUGGAAUUUGAGAACAAUUAAUUGAUGUAUAUUUUAGCUGAUUUUUAAAAGGAUACCAAUCGUUUUGAAGUGAUAUGCCUCUUUCAACAUUGCAGGACUUGUUGAUGUUUAGUCAUAUAAUUAUUAUAAAUUAUGUUUUUUGACAUAACAUACAGGGACAUUUAAAGACAUUUGGUUCACUUUCAAUAAAAAAAAAAAAGUAUAUUAUUUAGAACGCCUUGGGAUGUUUUCUUUUUUAAUUAUUAAAUGUAGAUGUUCUUAAGUCAACAAUGAAAAGUGUUCAAUAGACAUUUGAAAAUCAUUUAGAGAUAUACAGAAUACAAACUGUGAGAACUACAUGUAUUUUAUUUUUUAAUAAAAUUAACAAAAAGAAAUUCCAAUUUGUUUAUUACUACAAUAAUAAUAUACAAUUUUUAAUACCGAUAUCAUUGAGAGUAAAUUCUAGACCAUUUUCAUAAAUCUUCCGAGGAUGUGAUACCUGCAUUUGUUGUCUCAAUCUUGUAAACUUACAACAUACCAAAUUUAUCUUUUGCAAUGACAACUUUGUGCUGUUAGUUUUAAUUUAAGUGAAAUUUACCUGUUGUCAAAUUUAACGAUAAGAAUAUUAUCUGUACAACAUUUAAUUAUUUUUAACUUUCGAGAAUCCAACCUAUCUUUAGCAUUGUGCUAUUUCACUCUAAAUUCUUUAAAAUAACUACUGAAAAAAUUCAGAUUACGUUUUUAUUUUUAAGUUUGAUAGUAUGUUUAUUCACUAAAAUAUCAAAACAUACAGCAUAUCAUAUAUGUGGGUAUCAAUAAAAAUGAAUGCCAGUUUGAACAAUAUAUAAUUUUCAAUAGUUGAUAUAGAGUACAUGAUAUUUGUCCAUUUUUUGAAUUCAUUUACUCAAUGAUGUUUAUCUAAACAAAUAUUUUUUUUGUGGAUUGAAUUAUUUUACAAGUCUGAUAAUAUUUAUGUAAAUAACAUACAAUAUAUAUGAAUUCACAAAUUUUUAAAAAUGUGUAAAAAUAUUUAAGGUUUUAAAUAUUUUUAAGGCGCUGGUUGAAGAUUUGGACAAGGUUACUCUUUGGAAUGUAAUGACAGCGAUCAUGGACACAUACGAUCUCGAGCCAACUACCAACUAAAUGCAAUAUUAUUCCUUUUAUUUUGUGUUUGUAUUUUUGUUUAAAAUGUAUUAAUAAUAAUUCUUAUAAAAGGAAAAAAAAAUUAAAUAAAUAAUAAAGAUUAUAAAAAAAUCAGAAGUACAGUUUUUUUUUUUUUUGUUUAAAUGUAUAUCCCACCCAUAAUGUUUUGCUUUUUCUUUUUUUUAAAAAAAAAAAACUUAGUGUAUAACCAGAUACAAAUAUUAGAAAAACCUAAUUAACUGUAUUAAUAAAUCAUACAUAUGUAUAUUAAAUUUCUUCAUUUUAUUUUAAAAUAUAUAUAUAUAUAAAAAAAAAAAUGCUUGAACUUGUCUUAAUUUUUGAAUAUACAUUAAAUCUAUUAUUCGAAUGAGAGGAAAACAGGCAGGCUUUUAAUUAUACAAGUCAUCAUCGGCAUCAUCUUGGAAAGCUGCCUGAUCUCCACCAGUUGUUGUACUAUUGGUGGCAGGUUGGCCCGUCGUCGAUGGGAAUCUGAAAUUUGUGCCAAAACCUCGAGACUGUUGUAAAGUUUGUGAAAACAUUUCAUAUUUGCGUAUGUCAUUAUCAGUUACUGAACGACGCGCAUACAACAUAGCCUCUUCAAAAUGAGCUUUUGUAAUCUCCGGGACUGGAUCAUCUUCAGCUACAUCAGUCUAAGAAAUAAGAUUGAAUUAUAACACUUUUAAAGUAUUAGUAGCAAUAUAAUUUACCUCCAUUCCUUGAUUAUUGGCAGCUUCACGCUCACGUCUUAUUUCUGCCUCAAUACUUUGUCGAAUAGCAAGUUUGCAAGCACGUUGACAUACUUCAGUCAAGUCAGCACCUGAAUAACCAUGAGUGACCUUGGCAAUAUAAACGAGGUCAACAUCCUAAAAUAAAUAAAAAUUAAAUAAUGCACAUCAAAAUAAUGUUAUCAAAAUAUAUGAAUUUACUUUGGCAACUGGGGAUUUUCUCAAAUUAGCUUUGAAGAUAGCUUCACGUGAUUUUUCAUCAGGUAGAGGAAUAUAAAUCAAUUGAUCUAAACGUCCAGGACGAAGGAUAGCAGGAUCAAUAAUAUCUAUAAUAACAGUAACAUAUUAAGUUUAUUUUCAAACUGUUAUUAAAUAAUAGAAAAUAAUUACCAGGUCUGUUGGUUGCACCAAUUAUGAAUACAUUUUUUUUAGCACCCAUACCAUCCAUUUCUGUCAAAAUCUGAUUGAUAACUCUGUCUGCUGCACCACCAGCAUCACCAACAUUUCCUCCUCUAGAUUUAGCAAUGGAAUCCAAUUCAUCGAAGAACAGUACACAUGGUGCAGCUGCUCUAGCCUAAACAUAUAAUUAACAAAUAGAGAUUAGUGAAGUAGGCAUAUUAUUUGGUGUAUACUACUUAUGUAUACAUUUAAAUGUACUUACCUUAUCAAAUAUAUCGCGGACAUUUGCCUCUGAUUCACCGAACCACAUAGUUAACAGUUCAGGACCCUUUACAGAUAUGAAGUUAGCUUGACAUUCAUUAGCAAUGGCUUUGGCUAAUAAAGUUUUACCGCAACCAGGAGGUCCAUAGAAUAACACACCUCGGGAUGGUUGCAUACCAAAUUUCAAAAACUUGUCCGGAUGUUCAACUGGAUACUAUGUUAAAAAAGAUUUUUUUUUUUUAUACAGCUUUAAUAAAUUAUAUUAUUAAAGCGGUUUAUAAUAAUUUACCUGAACAAGUUCUUGCAAUUCCCGUUUUACAUUUGCCAAACCUCCAAUAUCUUCCCAUGUAAUAUUUGGAACUUCAACUACAGUCUCUCUCAGUGCACUAGGACUACUCUUACCCAUGGCAUACUAAAAAUAAAAAAAUAGAUGUCAUAACAACCAAAUCAAAUAUUAAUCAGUGACAAAAAUACCCUAAAGUUUUCCAUUGUGACAGCCAAUGAAUUCAAAACUUCAGCAUCAAUUUGAUCAUCUUCUAAAUCGAUAAGGUCCAUUUUUUCACGAAUUUGUUGAAGAGCAGCUUCAGAACAUAAUGAAGCAAGAUCAGCUCCCACAUGACCAUGAGUUUCAGCAGCUAUCUAUUAACAGACA